AUGCAUCGCCUCCGUGACUCCCUGCUGAGCCCUUCGCCAAAAGGCUUCCCCGUCAUCGGCGAGGCAGACACCGUCUCCCAUAGUCAGCAGGAUGUGCGGCAAAGUCUCGCUCGGGGUGAAUUGAAGGAGGUUCGGGGAGCAGCCUUAUUCAAUCGAACCUGGAUCGUCACCGACAGAUACUGCAAUGUUGGAGAUGGGGUGGAUUCCCUCGAAGGCUACGUUCGUGAGAUAUGGUAUACGUACUACCAGCUCAGCCUACAUACGUCGCAUGAAAAUCCCGAACAUGAUCGCCUGGUCCUCGAUAUCCUACGAAUCCAAGGAAAGGGGCCGUUAACCAGACCUGUGAAGGGGAAUUUCGGGAUCGAUAUCGCACGACUGACCGAAGGCACACUGUGGAAUGACCUGCCGUUUUUGGUUACUGACAUGACGGACUUGUGGAUCAACAACUGCGGACCAAUGUCGGGCACUCAGCGUCUAAACUUUGCCUCUUUCUUGGCCAAGCUGGCGUCAACCCGCGUCUGCAAGGACAGAAUGUGCCAGGUCGCCCUUGUCCUCUUCCGCUGUGCAUUUGAGGAGAUACAAGAGCUUCGCACCAGCGAGGAUCAGGAUAAUGAAGACCCGAACCGGAGCAUGGGAUCCCUCGAGCUUAUGCACUUAUUGCCAGCUGUCCAGGCGUGGUUCGGCGAGGCGGGUUACAAUCUCUUGCAACUCUCAGAGGUCUCAUGGAACGAUUGCCCCAGCACGAUUGGCCAGGGUGGCCCCUGUUUCAUCGAGUCGGAGUUCGGGAAGCGUUGUUCGCCCACUGGGUUCACACCAUGGAGAUGGAUGUACUGGCUCAAGCGACUCCACGAAAUUCAGGAGGCGGCAAAGGACGCUGGUGAGAAACGUCUCAAGGAGUGUGCCGCCGAGACCAUUUCCAGGAUGCUCACGGAUGUGGAGGAACGAAACUCUGACAUUCUGAGGGUUUUCAAAAAUGCUGGUGGUCUCAUAUACGAAGAUAAACAUUUACUAUCUCUUAAAAGGAUUGUGGAGGGCGAAGACCCCUUUUUCCUGGAGAACGAAGAUGGCGAGGAGAGCGAAAAGCCAGAGGAGAACGAAAAACUAGAAGAAAGCAAUGUGCCAGAGGGGAACAAAAAGGACAACUGA